ACCCCUCUUUGUACAACGAAACUCAACUAGUUCAAUGAACAACGCAACUAUUAUGUUGUUGAGAUUGGUCUUGCACUACUUCACAGUACCUCCUUCCACUCAAGUUUUAGACUUAUGCCUUUCAAACCUCUGUUUACUUAACAUACUCUCAUCCUCAAUUCCCUUCGCAUUUGCCUAGACAUAUUGCUGUAAAGUGGGGACUGGAAAUUUUUUUU